AUGGCGAGAGAGCUCAACUGCACUGAUGCGCCGGCCGAGGCGGCGACUGAUGGGAACGUUGCUGGAGCUGGAGUCCUCCUGUCCUUUAUCAUCACUGCUGCUCUCUCCCUCGUCCUCUCCCUCGUCAUCGUCGCCCAUGAAAAACACGGCCACUCGUCGGUCAAAACCAUCCGCAAAUUGCUCCUCUCGCUCUCCGAUCAACAAAUCCUGACCGGCAUCGGCAUUCAAAGCAUCGCCCUUGCGAAGAUGACGACCAUGGUCCCGUACCACUUCUUUAUCGUGUGGAUGCUGUCCUUGCUGUCGACGGCGACCCAUGUCGGUACGCUAUUGGCGCUAGUCAAUGACUUCAAGCGGGACUGGGUCUUGAGAUGGCUCCGACAAGUUCUCAUGUUCGUCAACCUCCUGCUGUCGAUCGUAUCGGGGAUUUUCAUCUUGAUGUCGGUCAUGAAAGACGUGCCGCCUACGCUGCCAAUCGCUUGCGUGUGGGAGGUUGAGUCCACGGGCACGCCAUCGAAUGCUGGGACGUCCAUUGCAGGGACCAUUGCGGUGAUCGUUGGCCAGCUCGUCUUCUUCGUUGUCGGGGUGUGGUACCUGCAUGUCAAGAACCGGGCGUGGCUGAAGAGUAUCCAGCUCGGGGGCUUGCUGGUGCUCAGCAUCAUCGGGAUGUUCGCUGCGAUCAGGGUUAUCAUGAUCAGCCAGGCUUUUGGGAACCCGUCGGUGCCGCUGAGAGAUAUGGGAGAGAAGAUCUGGGAUUUUGGGCAAUUGCUACCCCUCCUGCUGUUACUCCUGCCGCUGGUGUCGAUGAUUGAGAUUAUGAGAGGUGAAAUGAACAUUCCGUGCCCGCUUUUGGAUGGUCACGGUGAGCCGCUGCUGCAAGACGGGGAGAAGCUUGCUUGCGAUAGACGGUCGUUCCAACCAAACCCGUUCUGGGGUACUGAGAUGAAUCAAUUUGGAAAGUGA